AUGGCCUUCGACUGCUACUGUGCCAUCUGCGGCGUUGGGUUUUGCGGCAUGCACAUUGAACCCCCGUCGGAGGCAGCGCUGGAACGCCGCCGCCGAUGGAUCGAGAAGCGUUGUCGGGCGCUUCAAGCUGGCGAAGACCUCGCUCAGCUCCCACGAGAUAGCGACGAAGUCGAAAACCCUGUUCGCAGCUACGAUCCCCGUAUUGUCGGUUGGGAAAAUAUUUCCUGGCUCUACAAAGCACACUGUCUCGGCAUGAACCAGAACGCUGCUGCGGGCUCAGCAAAGGCGUUUCUCUCGGAUGAAGGAUAUUACGCCGACGUUGGCGAGCUGAUUGUAAAGGCUGGCUCCAAUUCGAAUCGAUCUUCCACUCAGAAAGUCUAUUCGUGCUAUGGCCAAGGUUCCGACGAAGCCCCGGGCCCGGUCCUCCCUUUUCACUGGUGCUGCUUCGAGAUUCUCACUCGUGCGCUCACCGGCUCCACGGAUACCAAGAAAGUGAACCUGGAUGUUCUUUACAAUGUCAUGAGCCCUUUAGGCAACCUGAAGAGCUCUGCCUUGGAUCUCAACUACGGCGAUGACAUUAAGCGCGCUCAAGGGCGCUACUGGGAGUGUAUCCCAGGCGUUGAGUACUGCGCAACUCACCCGACUGAAACCCCCGGACUCUCCGCCUAUAUUCAAACCAACAUGGAAUCCAACAGCAAGCUCAAAAGUGCCCCCACCGAAAUUGACCUCCGCGGACGACAGCCCGCCAGUCCGUUCGGAAAGCUCCCACUGGAGCUCGUAUACCAAAUCUGCAUGUUUCUCCCUAGCGACGACCUGAAGUCGCUGGCCCAAGCCUCGCUCAGCGUUCAUCUGGUUACCCAAGACAAUCUCUUUUGGAAGAAAUUCAUGCAGUGGGAUAUGCCUUGGUUCUGGGAGCUUCAGGCCAGCAAGGGACAAAAGAUGUCUGAGGAUGUCAAUUACAAGCAACUCUAUCUCUGGCUGGACAAGAUGACCACCGCGCGCUACGGAAUGGACGAUGCGAACCUCAUUGGGGUCGCGAAUCGUCGCCGGAUCUGGGGUGUGUGCGAGGACCUCGCUGAUCGCUACCACAAGGGCUUGGCACAAGCUCCUGCUGUUCCUACCACCUGUGCCAGCGGCUGA